CGGAUCUGACGUCCAUAAAGCUGCCGAAAUUUUACAGUUUAAAUUUGGCGCGGGAUCAUCGGUUAAGACGCGGCUGCUCUGCAUUCAGCCACCGCUGCCUGCCUACCUGCAAACUUCAAUAAAUCUGGCAGACCAAGAAAUCCUCGCAACCCAACGUGAUAGAAGACGAAAGGCAAAGGAUUCCGAUCCACCUGCAGCAAUUCCAAAUCCCGAGGUUCUCCCGCGCGCCAUGGCUGUGCCGCCCCACGCCAUGCCAGAGCAGCAGCAGGAGCAAGAAGAAGACGACGACUUCACCUUCCCCACGCCGCCGCAGCUCCCUGCAGCCGCACGCGGCAACGGUCGCCGCGUGUUCCACCUACCCUGCUCGGCGUCCUCGUCUUCCUCCCCGCCGGUCUGGCUGCCCUCCUCCCCCAUCCGCCGCAGCUUCUCCGCGGCCGACUGCGCCGCGUCGCCGUGGCGCGCGCGCGUCCUGCUCGGCCGCCACCGCCUCAACGGCGCGUGCUCCCCCGCGCUCAGCGACUACGCCGCCGGCUUCUGCGACGAUGAAGAAGAGGAAGAAGAGGAGACGAUGGACAGCCUGUGGGAGGACCUCAACGACAAGGACGCGGCGGCCGGGGACGACCUGUUCCUCGGCUCCCUCGACGUGUCGCGCCUCCGGUCCAUCGCCGGGCCGGACGUCGCCGAGAGGACGAGGAGGGCGGCCAAGGAUCAGCGCGAGGCCGCGGUGCUCGGCGCGUCGAGGAGCUCGCGGCGGCGGCCGCCGGGGCUGGUGGUGAUGAUGCGCGCGCUCAAGAGGAUGUUCGUCGCGCACAAGGACAAGAGCAAGGUGCACAGGGACGAGCAGAGCACCGUCUCUGAUUCUGCUUCUGCUUUUUCCUGAUCCCUGCAAAAAAGGAUGAGCUGCAUCAACACAAAUGAAAAGUGCAAUUUUUGUGGGUGAAAAAGACUCAGCUUAAUACUCCAAUAUGUUCAUGUUGAUCGUGUUCAUUACAUCUUGCGGCUUGAUCUCUUGAUCGGAUAGUCUCCACAGACGUUCUACAUAGUUACGCCGGUGAUGUUCAUCGGAGUUCUAUGAUAUGAAUGUGUAUCUUUGUGCAUAGUUUUAUCUGUCUUUGGUAAAAAAGAAUGUUCUAGUUAGAAUGUACAUGUUACAUGGACAGUUGGAUAUCAGUGAUAUUAUUCACUUGUGUCCUCUCCUCUUGUGUGUGUUCUUAACUCUUAUAAUUUGGUUUGCUUGUAUAUUUGGUCUGAGAAAUAUAUACCAGUG